AUGGCGCCUAACAAGAAGCCUGAUGACAAAAUUACCAUCCACGACUUUCUUGAGACCAGGAACACUGUUGUAGCCGGGCUCUCUACCUUGCAGUCUGCGAUAUCCGAUCUUUCGCGUUCCUACCUCGCACAUACCGACAAUCUCAUCGGCAGAGGAGGCUCGGGUGCUGCCGCCUACAUUCCGAACCCCAUCGGUGGCGACAAUGGCAUUUUUGGUGCUCCGGGCCCUACGCCUGCGCCUAUCAUUGAGACAGCCCAGGAGCCAAAGAAAAGAAAGCGGGCUCCUCAUGACAAGAACGCGCCUAAACGCGCGCUGACCCCGUUCUUCCUCUUCCUUCAGACCGCUCGCCCAAUGAUUGCAGAUGAGAUGGGCUCAGGGCACACAGCCAAGGAAGUUCAGGAUGAAGGAGGCAAAAGAUGGCGCGAGAUGCCCGAAAAUGAGAAAGAGGUAAUGCUCAGCUGCUCACGUGUUACCUGGUCGCUAACGUCAAUGCUAAAGAAAUGGAACGAGCAAUAUGGCAUUAAUUUCGCGCGUUAUAAAGAGCUCAUGAAGGCGUACAAGGCGGGCCUGCCACUACCGGAAAUAGAUGAAGCCGAGGCCAAGAGGCUUUAUCUCCAAAACAAGCAGACUGGUAAGAUCCCGGAUACGACAAACAUCGAAACACAGCACGCGCCGGUCGCCGAAGAAAAUACGGAGACCUCAGAAGACAGUUCAUCAGACGAAGAGUCCGAGCCUCUCAAGGAGCCAUCGCCGCCACCUGCCACUAAGAAACAGAAGGUAGGGAAAGAAGCCGCCAAAAGGAAGGCAGCGGCUCCGGAGCCUGAGCCCGUACUCGAUCCUGCCCUGAGAGGUCCGGAGAAGAAGAAGCCCGGUAAGAGAGGAAGCAAAGCGACCGAAGCUGCUGAGUCCAAGAAAGCAGCUGCUGAGCUUGCAGCACCACCCCCCAAGACGGAGGAAAAGUCGAAGAAGAAGAAGCAGCGGAAGAGCACUGCCACAGACUCCUAA